AUGUUUGGCCCGGCAGCAUCCCUGGCCGACCUGCUCAGGCUUGACAUCCACGGCCCUGCCUUUGCCAAACACUCGGCAUGGGCUACCAUACCUCAUCUUAUCACGCGAGACCACAUCUCGACCAUCAAAGAGCUCCGCGGGCACAAGGCCCUCCGGUCAAGCUUGUGCUGCACUGCAUGGUUCUACGAGGUGCUCGCGGUGGAUGCCUUGUGCUGGUCAAAACACUCUUUGGCCGACAGAGAUGGGGAUUUGCGAAGAUCAAUCCUGGCGGUGCAUCGGAAAUUAAGCUACGGAAACCAGUUCUUGGGCACCCACCAAUCUAUUGGCGAGGCAGCCUAUAAGGGUCACGCCGACAUUGUUCGCUUUCUGUACCAGCAGACCGACAUCGAGCCGCCCCUACUAUAUACAAGCCAAGCUGGCAACACGGUCUUCCACCUUGCCGCGAGGGGCGGUAACGCUGACGUUUUCCGAACCCUCAUCUAG